GCUUCCCCCUUGAAGUGAUAUGAGAUAUUUGGAAGGGAAGAAAAAUGAAGCCAUAUAUGCCCCCCCUUCCCCUACAAAUGCCCCUCACCCAGCAAUUCCUCCCAUGGCUGCUCCACCAGGCUGAGGUAGAUGACUCAGCAGCUCCCCUUCCCUCCACUGCUCCCCAAUCAGGGGAAGGAACCCAGAACUUCCCGCUGCCUACAGGGGUAGGGAAGGGGCUCCUGGCUCCUCUUUUGCCCCCUCCAAUUACUACUGCUUCUAGAGCAAAAGGGGAGGCUGAAGCAGUGGAUGAAAAGAUGGAGUAGGGAGGAGGCGUUUAGAGUUAUUAGAAACUGGGAAACUUUGGGGAAAGGAGGAGCCUAUACAGGAAGGAUGAGCCCCACAUAAAUCAAAAUGUAACCAGAUUGCUGGGAUGUAAAGUUGACAAUUUCUGUUUCAGUGACACCGAGAUGAAAGUUUCUCUGCACCCCCUCGAUGUUCUCUGUGGUGUUCUGCUUUGCUCAGAGAGUUUCCUACAGCAGGAGAUCCUGUCCAAAAUGUCCAUGUGCCAGUUUGUCCUCCCCCUGCUGCUACCCACCCUCGACACCCCCAAGUGCACCCUAAUACUGUUGGCCAUGAGGGACAUUGUGCGGAAGUGGAGGCCGCACUCCCUGGCAGAGAGCAGAGGGUUCAGAGAGGAGAGCCUGGUGCUCACGUCAAUGCCAACCAUUUCUUUUGUGCGGAUGGGGAGCUGCAGCUUCUCCAAGUCCAAACUCCUCAAUGAGGUUCUCAGCCCCUACCAGCAGCACCACGAUUUCUUUAUUUCUAAAUAUUUCUAAAUAUUACUUCAUCCUCAACUGCAAGAAUAAGAAACCCAAAGAAACUCUGGGAUUUCUUAAUAAGCUGGCCUCAGUGUUGAAGCUGAGCAAAUCACAGCUACUGGUGAAAGAUAGUACCAUGAAUAAUGCAGGAUUUGUGAAAAAGGUGCAGUCCACCAUAGGAACCAUAGUGAAUUCAUCUCCCAAGACAGUGAGUUUGGAAGCCAUGGCUGUGACGGCACGUGACCUAGGAAUCUAGGUGGAUGAGGACUGUCAGGCAUGUCAGUGUGCGAGGAAAUAUACUGAAGAAAUCACUGCAGAAAUAAGAGAUGGGGCAAAAUACAAAAGGGAAAUGCUGAGCCUGCAAGGAGACCCAUGGAAAAAUUGGCUAAAUUGGAAAAAGAGAUGUGCCGAAUGAAAAGGCAAGGGGACGUGGCCACUGAAGACUAUAAAUCUGCGCUGAAACAGAAAUGGUUAGAGAUACGCAGACAGCAGAAUCAGUGUGACCUUACUAAUGGUUUGACUAAGUUUAUCAAUGGAAUAGAACACUUGCCUACAGUGGAGAAACAUUACUUUCUGAAAUGGAUGAAAUUUAGCCUGGAUAAUAUUGCUAGGGGGAAUCUUUGUAAACUGCAGGCAGAGUAUAAAGAGAAAUGUGAAACUCCAGGAGUGGACCGAAAACAGCUGGAGGAAUUAGAUAAAUUAAUAUCUGAUAGUUCCCUGGGGGUGGAGCAUUUCAUGCGUGAGUUGGGGCAGUUCUAUGAAGCUGAAUGCUCAAUGGUUAAAGAAGGGAAAAUGGAAGAAAGCCAAAGACAAUUCUCCCAUCUCCCAGGCACAGCAGCUGACCUGAUGCUGGAAGGGUUUCCUGUGGAGCUGAUCGAUGGAGAUGCAUCCAACAUCCCCAUGAACUGGGUAGUAGAGGUUCUAACUCAUCUCCAUAGCAGACUAGGGGACAGAUCCAGAAUGGUGGUUCUAACAGUGCUGGGAGUGCAGAGCACUGGGAAAUCCACCCUUCUCAACACCAUGUUCGGCCUGCAGUUUGCAGUGAGCAGCGGUCGAUGUACGCGAGGAGCCUUCAUGGCACUCAUUAAAGUUACAGAAGCUGUUCAGGAGCUGCAUUUUUUUCAGCAUAUUUACUAUUCACCAAAAAUAAUUCACCAGUUCCAGUUGUUUUUCGUGAGACUAUAUGUGUGCAACUGAGUCUGACAAGUUGGUCACGUUGACUAUGUUCGAACAUUUCCUGGUGUUUGGUAACUGCCUGGAGAACUAAACUGCACUGCAUGUGCUCUUAAAUCUGUUCCAAGAAUAUACAGAAUCUUCUGCAAAGAGGUGGGGCCUCCAUGCUCUAGACCAGGGGUCGGCAACCUUUCAGAAGUGAUGCGCCGAGUCUUCAUUUAUUCACUCGAAUUGAAGGUUUCGCUUGCCAAUGGUUUAAAUCAUGGGCAGGAAUCACAGACUCCACCAGCCGCAGAGCUAGGGGAAAAAGCUGGUGUAAAUCAGGAACAGAAACAAGAGACUCAACGAGCCCCAGAGCCAGGGGAGAAGGAUGGUUUAAACCUGGAGCAGGAAUCAGUAACUCAGAAAGAUUCAGAGCCAAGGGAGAAAGAAUCUCCUACAGUGAAAAGAAAAACACUUCUGGAAGUUCUCUCAAAUUUAAACCUGGAUCAGCACAGAGACAGCAAGCUGAAGCUAAGGAAUGUCCUGGAAAUCAGUCUAGAAAGUACAGAGAACAGCACUCCUAAGUCAUUAACAGAUUUACCUGGGCACUUCCUAAGGAAGGUGAUGGCUCUGAAUGUGAUGGCCAGAAACACAAACCUUGUUCAAAAUGCUGAUGAAGAAAAUGAUGACAAUGAGAAAGAUCUGGAUAUGACAGAGGAUUUUCUUUCCCAAAAUGAAACGGACACUACUGAUUCUCUAAACCCCCUCGAUGUUUUCUGGAACCUGGUGCCUACCCCAGGCCUCACUCCACUUUACAGCGAGUGA